AUGUCUGCUGCUAGUAUAUACUCUUCGGAUGAUGAAGAUGAAAUUCCAAAAAACUCAGGUGUUUACUUAGGUUUCAUAGAUGCUGAUUUCGAAACUACUGAUGAUGAACCAACCAUUGAAGAUUCAUUUGUUGGUGGUCAACCUGUUUGGUUAAACCCAAAUUCAAAACCUUCAGAUGAUUUAAUAUCAUGUCAAAACUGUACUGGUCCAUUAUCUUUAAUCUUACAAGCUUUUUCACCAUUGGAAGGUACACUUUAUGAUCGUGUUAUCUAUGUAUUAGGUUGUCAAAAAUCAACAUGUUCUAGAAAAAAAGGUUCCAUAAGAGCUAUUAGAGGUAUUCAAAAAGAUCCUAAAAAAUUAGCACAAUUAGAAAAAGAACAACAAGAAGAAUUACAAAAUCUAUUUAUAUUAGAUGCUAAAUUGAAAUUAGAUAAUGCAAGAAAUAUUAAUUUAUUUGAUACUAAAGAUUCUUCAAAUCCUUUUGCAAGUUCAAACCCAUUUGCAAGUUCCACUGAUUCAAAUCCAUUUACAUCUUCAACUGAUUCAAAUCCAUUUGAUUCUAAACCAACCCCAAAGAAAGAAGAACCUACAAAACCAUCAUUCGCAUCAACUGCAGCAAAAGCAGCACCACCAACACCUAAAUCAACCAAAAAAUCCACUAUAAAAACCCUACCAGAAUAUCCAGGUUAUUUCAUAUAUGUUGAUCAAGAAUCAUUCAAAAAGAAACAACAACCAAAUUUACCAGAAAAUUUCAAAAUUGAUGAAUCUGCAUUAGAUACCGAAGCUGAAAUUUCAUCAUCAGGAAAUACAUCAAAAGAUUUAAGUCCUGAAGCUCAACAAUUAUCAAAUUCUUUACAAGAUAGUGUUUUCCAACAUUUCACUGAUAUCGUUUCUUAUAACCCAUUACAAGUCUUGCGUUAUGAAUUAGGUGGUAAACCAUUAUUAUUCACAUCAAAAGAUGAUACUGCAGUUAAAGUUACCAAAAAUUUAAUACCAAAUCCUGGUUAUAACCCUUCAAGCUCAAGACAAUUUGAAUUACAAAUCAUGCCUAAAGUUAUUAUGGAUUUUGAAAAAAACAUUACUGAUAUUAGUCAAGGUAUAAAUUGGGGUACAAUUUUCGUUUAUACUGAUGUGGAAGAUUAUAUACCUGAAUUAGAUGAAAAUCAUGUUGGUUAUGUCGAAGAAUAUGUUGGUGUUCAAUGGGAAGAAGAAGUUUCAAGAUAA